AUGGAAGAACUGGUGGGGCUGCAUGAAGGCUCCUCCGGGAAGCCGGUGACCCUGCAAGAGCUGUGGGGCCCGUGUCCACGCCUCCGCCGAGGCAUCAGAAGGGCCCUGGAGUGGCUGAAAGAGCGUCUGUUCCGUGUGGGUGAGGACUGGUACUUCCUGAUGGCCCUCGGGGUGCUCAUGGCUCUGAUCAGCUAUGCCAUGAACUUCACUAUCGGGCGUGUGGUCAGAGUGCACAAGUGGCUGUACAGAGAGAUUGGGGACGGUCACCUGCUCCGGUAUCUCUCCUGGACUGUGUACCCUGUGGCCCUCCUGUCCUUCUCCUCCGGCUUCUCACAGAGCAUCACGCCCUUCUCUGGAGGGUCUGGGCUCCCAGAGCUGAAGACCAUGCUGUCUGGUGUAGUCCUGGAAGAUUAUCUAGACAUCAAGAACUUUGGGGCCAAGGUGGUGGGCCUUUCUUGCACUCUGGCAACAGGCAGUACCAUCUUCCUAGGCAAAGUGGGUCCCUUUGUGCAUCUGAGUGUAAUGAUUGCCACUUACCUAGGCCGCAUACGAACCAAGACCAUUGGGGAAUCUGAGAACAAGGCCAAGGAAAUUGAAAUGCUAGCAGCAGCAGCUGCAGUGGGUGUGGCCACGGUCUUCGCAGCCCCCUUCAGCGGUGUCCUGUUCAGCAUCGAGGUCAUGUCCUCUCACUUCUCCGUCUGGAAUUACUGGAGGGGCUUCUUCGCUGCCAGCUGCGGGGCCUUCAUGUUCCGCCUUCUGGGGGUCUUCAACAGUGAGCAGGAGACCAUCACUUCCAUUUACAAGACCAGUUUCCGAGUGGAUGUGCCCUUUGAUCUGCCUGAAAUCUUUUUUUUUGUGGCUCUGGGGGCCAUCUGCGGUGUCCUGAGCUGCGCUUACCUUUCCUGUCAGCGCAAUUUUGUUCGCUUCAUCAAGACCAAUCAGUACACCUCCAAACUGCUGGCUACCAGCAAGCCCUUGUAUGCAGCUCUGGUCGCCCUGGUCCUGGCCUCCGUCACCUAUCCCCCUGGUGUGGGCCGCUUCAUGGCUUCGCGGCUGUCCAUGGCUGAGCACUUGCACUCUUUGUUUGACAACAACUCGUGGGCACUGAUGACCCGGAACUCAUCCCCACCCUGGCCUGCUGAGCCUGACCCCCAGAACCUGUGGCUUGAAUGGUACCACCCACAGUUCACCAUCUUUGGGACUCUAGCCUUCUUCCUGGUCAUGAAGUUCUGGAUGCUGAUUCUGGCCACCACAAUCCCCAUGCCUGCUGGGUACUUCAUGCCCAUAUUCAUCAUCGGAGCUGUCAUCGGGCGCCUCCUGGGAGAGGCCCUGGCUGUUGCCUUCCCAGAGGGCAUUGUGGCUGGAGGUGAGAUCAACCCCAUCAUGCCUGGGGGCUAUGCUCUGGCAGGAGCUGCUGCCUUCUCGGGGGCGGUGACCCACAGCAUCUCCACAGCGCUGCUGGCCUUUGAGCUGACCGGACAGAUAGUUCAUGCACUGCCUGUGCUGAUGGCAGUGCUGGCGGCCAAUGCCAUCUCCCAAAACUGUCAGCCCUCUUUCUAUGAUGGCACCAUCAUGGCCAAGAAACUGCCAUACCUGCCGUGGAUUCGUGGCCGUAAGAUGGGCUCCUACCCCGUGACUGUGGAACACUUCAUGAACUGUACCCUCACCACCCUGGCCAAGGACAUGCCCCUGGAGGAAGUGGUCAAGGUCGUGACCUCUACAGAUGUGGCUCAGUACCCCUUGGUGGAGACCAGAGAGUCUCAGAUCCUGGUGGGCACCGUGGAAAGGACCCACUUGGUGCAAGCCCUCCAGACGGAGCCAGCUUCCUGGGCUCCAGGCCAACAGCGUUUUCUUCAGGACAUCUUGGCUGGUGGCUGCCCCACACAGCCAGUGACCCUGCAGCUGUCCCCAGAGACCUCCCUGUAUCAGACACACAGCCUCUUUGAGCUGCUGACCCUUCAGACGCUGUUUGUGACAUCACGGGGCAGAGCCGUGGGCUCUGUGUCCUGGGUAGAGCUGAAGAAAGCCAUUUCCACAUUGGUCAACCCACCAGACCCCAAGUGAGCCAGCCUGGGA